AUGAUGCGACUUGUACCACCACUGUAUGUGUGCAAAGAAGAAAUGGUUUGGAUGAAUAUGAGUAGUAGAUCAAAUCAUCAGAUCAUGUAUGAUAAAACAAUGUGUGUAUCUACUAGUGCUGCAACCGAAGCACGAGAACUUAUGACUAAAGCUCUCAAAACACCAUUAAUCUUACAGCAACAACAGCAUAUUUUAGCUGAACUUGGAAAUGAUCCAAAACUAGUUUAUAAUAUAGGUCUUACGCCUUGUAAAUUGCCAGAUUUAGUUGAAAAUAAUCCUUUGAUAGCUAUUGAAGUAUUACUAAAACUAAUGCAGUCACAUUCCAUAACUGAUUACUUCUCCGUCUUAAUCUAUAUGGAAAUGUCUUUACACUCAUUGGAAGUAGUUAUUCGAUUAACUACUACUGUAGAACUUCCAACUGAAUUUGUACAUCUAUACAUAUCAAAUUGUAUUGUUUCAUGUGAAACUAUUAAAGAUCAAUAUAUGCAAAACCGAUUAGUUCGUUUAGUGUGUGUUUUCUUGCAAUCUCUCAUUAGAAAUAAAAUAAUAAAUGUUCAGGAAUUAUUUAUUGAAGUUCAAGCCUUUUGUAUCGAUUUUAUUCAAAUUCGAGAAGCAUCAGCUCUGUUUUGUCUUUUAAAAAAACUAGAAACAGGAGAUACUUGCAGUAUUGGUAAUGUAGCUGCUGGCGCUGGUAUAACACCUAGUACAAUUGCUGCUGCUAAGGAUAAGGAUCAAGAUAAAAUAGUUCCAAAGGAAAAAUAG